AUGCAUUGUGAGAGGUUUAUAUGCAUCUUAAGAAUACUUGGAACUACACUAUUUGGAGUAUCUCUUCUGCUUGGAAUCUCAGCUGCUUAUAUUGUUGGCUACCAGUUUAUCCAAACAGACAACUAUUAUUUCUCCUUCGGGCUCUAUGGUGCUAUUUUAGCAUCCCACCUUAUCAUCCAAAGCUUAUUUGCCUUUCUAGAGCACCGUAAAAUGCGCCGAUCCCUUGAGACCCCCAUCAAGCUGAACAAAACUGUUGCCCUUUGCAUUGCUGCCUAUCAAGAAGACCCUGACUACUUAAAGAAAUGUUUACUUUCGGUGAAGAGGCUCACCUACCCUGGAAUUAAGGUGAUUAUGGUAAUCGAUGGGAAUUCUGAAGAUGAUGUUUACAUGAUGGACAUUUUUAGCGAAAUCAUGGGCAGGGAUAAAUCUGCUACUUAUAUCUGGAGGAAUAACUUUCAUCAGAGAGGCCCCGACGAGACUGAAGAGUCCCAUAAGGAAAGCAUGCAACACGUCACUCAAUUGGUCCUGUCCAACAAAAGUGUCUGCAUCAUGCAAAAAUGGGGUGGAAAAAGAGAAGUAAUGUACACAGCAUUCAAAGCGCUGGGGAGAAGCGUGGAUUAUGUGCAGGUAUGUGAUUCUGACACAAUGCUCGAUCCGGCUUCAUCAGUGGAAAUGGUAAAGGUUUUAGAAGAAGAUCCAAUGGUUGGAGGUGUUGGAGGAGAUGUACAGAUUUUGAACAAGUACGAUUCAUGGAUCUCCUUUCUCAGCAGCGUCAGAUACUGGAUGGCAUUUAAUAUUGAACGAGCUUGCCAGUCCUACUUCGGCUGCGUACAAUGUAUCAGUGGACCAUUGGGGAUGUACAGGAACUCCUUACUCCACGAAUUUGUGGAAGACUGGUAUAAUCAAGAAUUCAUGGGAUCUCAAUGUAGCUUUGGGGAUGAUCGACAUCUCACCAACAGAGUCCUGAGUCUGGGCUAUGCAACAAAAUAUACAGCUCGUUCAAAGUGCCUUACGGAAACGCCCAUUGAAUAUCUCAGGUGGCUGAACCAGCAGACCCGUUGGAGUAAGUCCUAUUUCCGUGAGUGGCUGUACAAUGCAAUGUGGUUUCACAAGCAUCACUUGUGGAUGACCUACGAGGCGGUCAUCACAGGGUUCUUUCCAUUUUUUCUCAUUGCCACUGUCAUACAACUUUUCUACCGGGGAAAACUGUGGAACAUCCUCCUCUUCUUGUUGACUGUUCAGCUUGUAGGCCUCAUCAAGUCUUCCUUUGCUAGCUGCCUUAGAGGGAACAUCGUCAUGGUGUUUAUGUCCCUUUACUCAGUGUUGUACAUGUCAAGUUUACUUCCAGCCAAGAUGUUUGCAAUAGCCACCAUAAACAAGGCAGGAUGGGGCACAUCCGGCAGAAAAACUAUUGUGGUCAAUUUCAUAGGACUGAUCCCCGUGUCCAUUUGGUUUACAAUCCUUCUAGGUGGGGUUAUUUUCACAAUAUACAAGGAAUCUAGAAAGCCAUUUUCCGAAUCAAAACAGACAGUGCUGAUUAUUGGCACGAUACUUUAUGCCUGCUACUGGGUGAUGCUUUUGACUUUAUAUUUAGCUCUUAUCACUAAAUGUGGCCGGCGGAAGAAGGAGCAACAGUAUGACAUGGUGCUUGACGUGUGAUUUCACCAGCAUGGAUAUUUUGGUUGUGGUUGUUUUAUUUUUGCUUCCCUUAGCAAGGUUUUUCAAGGGACAGGACAAUAAACCUUUUCAGAGUUGGCGGCACUGAAUUUGACAUCGCCAAGGGAAAUGGAUCACUGCUGCUUGGACUUGAACAUUAACAAAGCAUGCCAAAGCAAAAGAAAAAAAAAUAAAAUGAAAAUGUGAUUGUGCCUUUUUUGGGGGGGGGAGGGGGAGGAGGAUAAAAACCAUGGAUUCAACCCAUUCCUGUGGGUGGUCUCUGAAAAUGCAC